GUCUACUUGCCACACUCGCCCCUCAACUCGCCCCCUCCCUCUCAAAAUGGAGCAUCAGCCAAUCACCAGUGUUGUUCCUGGGCCCUCCUCCCCUCCGACCCCCGGCGAUGAGGUUAUACAAAUGUUCUGUAUCUCAGAACCCAACGUCAAUAGAGAUGGGGAUGCUAUCAUGGCAAGCAACCUGAACGGCGUAGAACAUGACUCCGUCACGAAUGGCAGACAAAGGAGGCGUGCCAAGGUUCAGUUAGCGGGAAUCUACGCCGCCAUUUUUCUCGCAGGAUGGAACGAUGGUAAACCUGUCUGCAAUAGAGCUGUUCAGCAGAACCAAAAAAUCGAUUUGUUUUUUACGAGUUUCCUGGUUGUGGAGUAGACUUUACUUCCCAAUUACUUAGGUGUGGAGUGUCGUAGGAAUAGCACCGAGGCCGAAUUUUGACCGAAAAGGAAACAUGCCACCGAAGACGGAUCUGAUCAUUCUGCACGUGUAAGCAGAUUGAAGACAUCGUUGUCCUCCAUAUUGGCGAGAAGACCGAGAACAACCGCAAGGAUUCAAUUUACAGCGUUGGUGAGGAAAGACGGCAUCCUCC